AUGAAUUAUAUGAGAGACAAUUAUGCAAGUGCUAAAAAUGAUGUUCCUAUUUUAAUAGAUUAUGGAGCAUCUACAAUUAAAGCAGUAAUGAUAUUAUUUUUAUUUAAGGGUUAUGCAACAUCAUAAGGUCCUGAUGUAGUUAUUCGUAGCUAUAUCAAUAAAUUUAAAGAUUCUAAUACAUAGUCAAAUUAAAUUGCCUAAUGGGAUACAGAUGUAUUUAAGAAUUAUAGAUCACCAUUUGAAAAAAAUUUAAUUUAACAUUCAGGUGCAUUAGAAUAAUUAAAUGAUUUUGUAUUCGAAAGAUUAUAAGCUGGAAAACAUGGUAGAGUAAAUCAUCCUAUGAUUUUAACUGAAUGUUUUGCUACUACUGAUUUAGCGAGAAUGAUUGUCUUAGAAUAAAUGUUUGAAUGUUAUUAAGUACCCAGUGUUAUGUUAGGAGUAGAUGCUUUAUUUUCAGUCUUUUAAGAUGAUUUAGAAGCUUAUCUUAAAUAAACCUAAUUAGUUGUUCAUCUUGGUGAUUAAACUGUACAUGUUGUACCUAUUGUUAAUGGUCAAGUCAUCUAUUCUAAUAUCAAGAGACUCAACUUAGGAGGAUUAAACAGUUUAAAAUAUUUUUAUUAAACUAUCUAAUUGAGACAUCCUCAUUUGAAAUUCACAUAUCCUUAAAUCGAUUAUUGGCAUAAAUCAUAUACAGCUGUGGCUAUUGAUUAUCAACUCUAAUUGCGCUCUUUCUUAGGACCACAAUAAUAUUUUGGAUAUAGAGAUAAAAUAUCUGAGCAAAAUAGAUUUUAUGAUGAUGAUUUAUCAUUUUUAGAUCCUAUUUACAUUGAUAUUCCAAUAGUAUAAAAAAUUGUUAGUGCUGAAGAUUUGAAAAGAAAAGAUGAAAAUAGACAAAGAAUGAGAGUCAGAUUACAAGAAUCCAUUUAAUAAAGCCGAUAAAACAAAAAAUCUUAAUUAGAAUAAUAACUUGUAGCAUUACAACAAGAAUUAGAAACAGAUUAAAAUAAUGAUGAACUUAAAAAAAAAAUAAUUACUUUAUAAGUAAAACUUGGUUAAGCACCAAAAGAAGCUUUAGAUGAAUUAAAGUAUAAUUUAUUAAAUGUUCCUGAUGAUAAACUUACUCCAUCUUAAUUAAAUUAGAAGAGAUAUUAAAAGGUUAUGUACGAAUAAGCAUUGAUAAAAAAAUAAAAAAAUUAGGAAUUCAAAUAAUUAUAAAAGGAUGCAAAUAAAUUUAAAUUAGAAGAACCUGAGAAAUAUUUAUAAAUGCUUUAUGAAAAAAGAGAUCGUAUAGUUCUUUCAAUUUAAGAAAGAAAAAAGUUAUAAUAAGAAAUGAAUAGUAGAAACUCAAGAUUCAAUUAAAAAAGAAUUUAAACACUAGCAUUUCUUGGUGCAGAUGAUAAAGUAGAAGAUGAUUUUGGAAAAGAUGAUAAGGAUUGGGAAAUAUAUAGAAGUGUGACUAAAGAAAUGGAUUCAGCUGAUGAAAAAUCAAAAUAUAAACUUUAAGAAAUAGAAUAAGAAUUAAAAGACUUAGAUCCUGAUUUUGAAAUAAAAAUACUUAAAUCAAUCGCUAAUGAUCAUUAAUUAGGAAUGAAUUUAAGUUAAGUUUAAUUAAGUGUUGAUAGAGUAAGAUGCUAAGAAAUAUAUUUUUAACCACAUUUGAUUGGAGUUGAACAAUAAGGUUUAGUUGAUAUGAUUAAAUUAUCAUCAAAAGGUUUGGAUAAACUUUUAUUAUAAAAUAUCGUUUUAACUGGAGGUGGAGCCAAAACUUAAGGAAUAUCAUAGAGAUUAUCAAAAGAUUUAAUAUCUGAAUAUGAUUGUCCUAUUGCUAUUAAAGUAGCUCCUGAUCCAGUUUUUGGAACAUGGUUAGGAAUGAAAAACUUUUCAAAUAAAUAUUAAAGUAUGUUAUCAUAAUUUUCUAUAACACUUGAUGAUUAUAAUGAGAUUGGUACAUAAAAAUGGGAAAUAUUUAAAUAGCAUCCAUUUUCAAAUAUUGUUGAUUGA